AUGUCCGUGCUUCGAGACGUGUCGGGUGGCGUCCUCAGAUCGCAGAAUCAUGAAAAAAGUGCUGCCGCUGUCGCUACGGACCCCGGAGGUGACGUGCGCGGGAACAUCGCGCGGCUAACCGCCCGGGCCCGCCAGCUACUUGCCGACGACACGGACACGCGUGUGGUGCGCAACGGUCUUAGCGCCUAUGAGACCUCGCGGAAGGUGGCGGCAGAUGUGUCGGCGCGUGCGCGGGCCCCUGGGCAAGCCGGCGCUACGCAGGCAUCGGUGGAACUCUUCAUGGCCAGCCUUGGGUUUAACCUCCAAGAGCAGCAGCGUCUCCUGCAGCAGCUGCAGGCAAGCCAGGGGCCGCUUACAGCAACAGGUGAUGUUGGGGCGGCUGCGAAGACUUCCGGCGCCUUUUUCCACGGGCAGGUCGAUGACGAGUUGGGCAGCACGUUGGAAAGCUUUGUGGCGAAUCGGCGGCAUGAAAUCAUGCGGCGCAGCAUGGAUGAAAUGCAUUGUCGCGUGGAAGAUUUGGUGCAGGAGCGCUCUGAGAUCAUCAUCCGUGCCUCAUGGGAGAGGUGCUGCAAGGAAGUGGCAGAUGUCUUUGAAUCCUUCUCCCUAAAGGCGGGUGGUGGCGGUGGCGAGGUCGCUCGAGGCAAAAUGUCUACCACGGGUGUGAACCCCGCUGGUACCGUGCGGCCACGUGCGGGAGUGAUGGCGCUCCUUAACGGACGAGAUGCCGCAUCCAUGCGCAUUCUUAACAAGAUUGCUGGCUUUGCCAGGAUCGUUGAUACGCAGCCGCCACUGCAGUGGGUACGGUGUUUUGCCGCCCAUGUUGCGGAUGACGCCCCGUUUGUCACGGACGAAGUCGCCCUUCUUUGGACAACGGUGGAGCAGAUUCUGCAGCCAAUUCUACAGCUUGGCUCUGCUAGUACGAACAUGACCUUUGUUGCCUCCAGCCGGCACAUGAUGGAACGCAAAGCGCUCGUUAGUGUGCUGUCACGCGUACUUAAGGUGGAGCCUGAGAGGUUUGGUGAACUGGAGAAUAUGCAUGCCACACGCUUUAUCAGUAUUAUGGGGCGCUACACGUCAUCAGCGAAUCCGUGGGCACACAUCUACACCGCCAUGCGCUGUGGUCGUUAUGACGCUGCUGCCAUUGUUGCCAACAACGCGGGAUUCCGCUUGGUGGAAGCAAAACUAGAAGCUUACGCCAAUGCGCACACGACACAGCGCAGCACUUUGCCGCCGGCCGUUGAAUUACGGUCAUUGUACGAAGAGGAGGCGACGCGGGCGGAUCCUUACCGACAAAUUGUCCUGCUUCUCUUGCUAGUUGGUAAUACAGGAGAGAGUAGCGACGUGGUGCUCUCGGCGGUGGCGUCACUGUCGUCAAAGGUGGCGCGAUCUCUUGAGGACGCGCUGUGGAUUCGCCUCUUCUGUGUGCGCUCGGUUGAGUUGCAAGACGGCAAUAAGCUCCAGUCCCUCGCUGAGAUGCAGCGUCUGCUUCUUGAUGACAUGCAGGAGCUCGUGGAACUGGUUCGCGGCGAUGUGGUGCGUUUGGCGUCGCUGUUGAUUCAUGCACUACUUCCCUCCUCUGGACUGCGGCUUCUCAUCGAAGGCGACAACACAUACGUAGAUGGCGUUCAUCUUGCCAUGUGCUUUCACAACUCGAAUCUCUUGCCGUGUGGUGAUGUGGAGGUGCCAGUCGACCUCAGUCGGCUCAUUCCACAGUACUGUUCCCUCGUCCUGCUUGACGCGGAUAAGCGUCAUGCCUGCGCCGCGUAUGCAGGGGCAGCUGUGUUCCGCUACUUUCUCCGGACAAACCUUGUCGACGCCUUUGUCGAGUACUGCGGAAAUGAGCUGGUGUGUGUGAAGUUGUUUGGGCAGCGCGGGGGCAGCCGCGUCAGCAGUGACGGUGUGCUCCUGCAAGAGCCACCGUCGCCGGAGCUUCUUGAGGCAAUGGAGCGUGUGGCGGAGGCGGGUGCGGCACGUGGCCAGGCGGAAAUUGCGGUCCAUGUCUUCUCCGUCUUGGAGCGUGCCGCCGCGCUCGUCAAGGAUGACGCACGUGCCGACUAUGCCUUGAGUCGGGCCCUGCAGAUUAUCUGCCCAGCACUGUCGCACGCCUUUCAACAGACGCCAUCAGGCGAAAACACAAGUCUGUUUAUGCACGCUGCCGCGCUGCAGGAGCGAGUUGCGUGUUCCGAACGCGUUGUCCCGCAUGCUUGCGCUGAAGCUUUUCAGAUACUUUGCAAGAUGGGAGAAGUCUUUCUGGGUGUCGCGCGCGGCGAGUUGGAGGUUGCCCUUCGGUGCUUCUGGAGUCUUCCCUUCAUCCCGACCACGGCAGAGGACAUUGAGCGCUGCGCUGAGCUCUUGGAUACAGCAACUGAGUCCAUCGCAACGGCAGUGCCGCCGAUUCUGCUGCUCGUUAUGCAAAGCAUGUUGAAACUUGCGGAGGUGCUCAAGUCAAGAGGACAGACGAGCGAGGCGGCGCAGAUGCAGCGACGGGCGCAGACAUUGACAAUGUGGGUGCGGCGGUGGAAAAGACUCGUGUCUCGGCAGCUCAUUGAUGAAUUGACAUCCCUAGAAAGGCUACUUGCGCUCUGA